AUGGACGACCCUAAGAACAUUAGGAACAUGUCCGUCAUUGCUCACGUCGACCACGGAAAGUCCACACUCACCGACUCUCUUGUCCAGCGUGCUGGUAUUAUCUCAGCUGCCAAGGCUGGUGAGGCUCGUUUCACCGAUACCCGAGCCGACGAGCAGGAGCGUGGUGUCACUAUCAAGUCGACUGCCAUUUCCCUGUACGCCACUCUCAAGGACGAGGAGGACCUCAAGGACAUUCCCGUUCCUACCACCAAGAAUGACUUCUUGAUCAACUUGAUUGACUCGCCUGGUCACGUUGACUUCUCAUCUGAGGUCACUGCUGCUCUCCGUGUCACUGACGGUGCUCUCGUCGUCGUCGACACCAUCGAAGGUGUGUGCGUCCAGACCGAGACUGUCCUGCGCCAGGCUCUUGGUGAGCGUAUCAAGCCCGUCGUCAUCAUCAACAAGGUCGACCGUGCUCUUCUCGAGCUCCAGCUUUCCAAGGAGGACCUGUACCAGAACUUCUCCCGUGUCAUCGAGUCCGUCAACGUCGUCAUCGCUACCUACUUCGACAAGACUCUUGGUGAUGUCCAGGUCUACCCCGAGAAGGGUACCAUUGCCUUUGGUUCCGGUCUUCACGGCUGGGCUUUCACCAUCCGCCAGUUCGCCAACAGGUAUGCUAAGAAAUUCGGUGUUGACAAGAACAAGAUGAUGGAGCGUCUCUGGGGUGACAGCUACUUCAACCCCAAGACCAAGAAGUGGACCAAGGUUGGCACUCACGAGGGUAAGCCCCUUGAGCGUGCUUUCAACCAGUUCAUCUUGGACCCCAUCUUCCGCAUCUUCCAGUCGGUCAUGAACUUCAAGACUGACGAGAUCCCCACUCUCCUCGAGAAGCUUGAGAUCAAGCUCACCUCGGACGAGAAGGACCUUGAGGGCAAGGCUCUCCUCAAGGUGGUCAUGAGGAAGUUCCUUCCCGCUGCCGACGCUCUCCUCGAGAUGAUGAUUCUCCACCUUCCUUCUCCCGUCACCGCUCAGAAGUACCGCAUGGAGACUCUCUACGAGGGUCCCCACGACGAUGUCAACGCCAUCGGUAUCCGGGACUGCGACCACAACGGUCCUCUCAUGCUGUACGUGUCCAAGAUGGUGCCCACUUCCGACAAGGGUCGUUUCUACGCUUUCGGUCGUGUCUUCUCCGGUACCGUCCGCUCUGGUCUCAAGGUCCGCAUCCAGGGUCCCAACUACACCCCUGGAAAGAAGGAGGACUUGUUCAUCAAGGCCAUCCAGCGUACCAUUCUCAUGAUGGGCCGUUUCGUCGAGCCCAUUGACAACGUGCCUGCUGGUAACAUUCUUGGUCUUGUCGGUGUUGACCAGUUCUUGCUCAAGUCUGGAACUCUCACCACUAACGAGACUGCCCACAACCUCAAGGUCAUGAAGUUCUCCGUCUCUCCCGUUGUCCAGCGCUCGGUUGAGGUCAAGAACGCCCAGGAUCUGCCCAAGCUCGUCGAAGGUCUCAAGCGUCUCUCCAAGUCGGAUCCUUGCGUUCUGACCUACAUCUCCCCAUCCGGUGAGCACGUUGUUGCCGGUGCCGGUGAGUUGCACUUGGAGAUUUGCUUGAAGGAUCUCGAGGAGGACCACGCCGGUGUUCCUCUCCGUAUCUCGGACCCCGUCGUCCAGUACCGUGAGACCGUCAACGCCACCUCCAGCAUCACUGCUCUGUCCAAGUCGCCCAACAAGCACAACCGUCUCUACCUCACCGCCCAGCCUUUGGACGAGGAGGUCUCCAGGGCUAUCGAGACUGGCAAGAUCGCUCCCCGUGACGAUAUCAAGACCCGUGCCCGUAUCCUCGCUGACGAGUACGGCUGGGAUGUUACUGAUGCCCGUAAGAUUUGGUGCUUCGGUCCCGACACCACUGGUGCCAACUUGCUCAUUGACCAGACCAAGGCUGUGCAGUACUUGAGCGAAAUCAAGGACUCCGUCGUCUCCGGUUUCCAGUGGGCGACCAAGGAAGGUCCCAUUGCUGAGGAGCCCAUGCGCUCUAUCCGCUUCAACAUCAUGGAUGUCACUCUCCAUGCUGAUGCCAUUCACCGUGGUGGUGGUCAGAUCAUCCCUACCGCGCGUCGUGUCCUCUACGCCGCCACUCUCCUUGCCGAGCCCACUCUGCUCGAGCCCGUCUACCUCGUCGAGAUCCAGGUUCCCGAGCAGGCCAUGGGUGGUAUCUACGGUGUCCUUACCCGAAGGAGAGGUCACGUUUUCGAGGAGAACCAGCGUGUUGGUACUCCUCUCUUCAACGUCAAGGCCUACCUUCCCGUCAACGAGUCUUUCGGUUUCACCGCCGAUCUCCGUGCCGGUACCGGUGGCCAGGCCUUCCCACAACAAGUCUUCGACCAUUGGCAACAUCUCCAGGGUGGCUCGCCACUUGACGCCACCACCAUGGUUGGCAAGAUCGUUGCCGACAUGCGUAAACGCAAGGGUAUCAAGAUUGAGGUGCCUGAUGUUUCCAACUACUACGACAAGCUAUAAAGGAAAGCUAUCAAAAGCGUUAGAUUUCCUUUCCUCGCGAUUCUGGGUCAUGCGACAGUCAUGGUAGGCUCGUGGCCGCUGGUCAAUGUGUGAAGCAAACGGUUCCCCUUUGGAGCAACCAGAGCUAGUAAACGUCGGUCCGGGCGAUUUCGCCCUUGAUGUCAUUGAAGGUUUUGGGGGCUUUGCACGAAAGAUACGGAUGAUGACCCUUUUCCUUACUGUUCACAGUGUAGUAUAGUUGAGAAUUAAGCUAUAUUGCACAGUAAAUCUG